CUGUGACUGUCCCCGGGGGCUUGUGCAGGAUCGCCCAGCUGACGCGCCCGCGCGAAGGACGCAUGGGGCGCUUCUAUCGCGCUCGAAGCCCGGGGCCGGGGGAGGGCGACAGGGCCUGGUAUAUAAGGUUGCGCAGGGAAGCCCUACGAUCCCCCAAGCAGCUCCUCGGGCUCGCAUCUCCACACUCACUACUACUCACUAGGACUUCGCGACCGAAGUCCCCGCAGACGUUCUCUCUACCACCACUGCCAUCAUCACAACGACGAUGAUCUCUCUUUCGAGCCUGCUCGUCCUCCUCCCGCUCGCAGCGCAGAUCGCGAGCGCGACGGAGUCGAUGCGCAUCCCGGACAACAAGAACGCGACGGCGAACGUGUUCAAGGCGGCGCAGAACGCGCCGGUGCACCACAUUGAGCGGCGCGCCACGGGGCGCGUCAAUUCGGCGUACUACGUGAACUGGGCCAUCUACUCUGGCCUGGGGAACUUCUACCCCCAGAGCAUCGUUACCAAGGAUCUCACCCAUCUUCUUUACGCCUUCGCGGAUACGAGCGCGAGCACCGGUGCGAUCUCCCUCACAGACUCCUGGGCGGACGAGGAGAUCCACUUCGAUGGCGACGACUGGAACGAGUCUGGCAACAACCUCUACGGCUGCCUCAAACAGAUGUACAAGAUCAAGCUCGCGAACCGCAACAUCAAGGUGAUGCUCUCCGUCGGCGGCUGGACCUACUCGCAGGACGGCCACUAUGGCUUCGUCACGAACGCCGCGGCGCGCACGCAGUUCGUCACCAGUGCCGUGCAGCUCAUCGAGGACUACGGGUUCGAUGGGAUCGACCUUGACUUCGAGUACCCCGGUUCGGCGGAGCAGGGCGCGGGCUUCGGCGCGCUGUUUACGGAGCUGAGGGCCGCGCUGGACAAGCUGCAGCAGAGCAAGGGAGACGCGACGCCGUACGAGAUCUCGGUCGCGGUCAGCGCGGGUGCGAAUAACUAUCAGUAUCUGGACGUGAACACGAUGGAUGCGGCGCUGACUUACUGGAACUUGAUGGCCUACGACUACGCGGGCUCGUGGCUCUCGACGGUCGCUAACCAGGCGAACCUGUACCCGGACAGCUACAACAACGUCAGCACAACGGCGGCGCUGGACUGGUACAAGGCGAACGGCGCGACGACGUCGAAGAUAGUUAUGGGCGUGCCGCUCUACGGUCGUGCCUUUGAGGAGACUGACGGCCUCGGGCACACCUACAACGGUAUCGGCCCCGGCACGGUUGAGGCGGGCAUCUACAGCUACGAGACCCUCCCUCUCGCCGGCGCGACCGUCUACGAGAACUCGACCUCCGUCGCUUCGUACUCCUACGACGCCAGCAAGCGCGAGUUCGUCUCCUACGACACGCCCAACAUCGCGAAGGCGAAGGCGCAGUAUGUGGCCAGCAACGGCCUCGCGGGCACGAUGUUCUGGGAGCUCUCCACCGACAAGGUCGGCGCGGACAGUCUGGUCGGCACGACGCACGGCGUCUUCGGCACGCUCGACAGCACGCAGAACCAUAUCAACUACCCCAACUCCAAGUGGGACAACAUCAGGAGCAACCUCGGCCAGGGCGGCUCGGGCACGCCGACGACAACCUCUGGCGGCUCAACCCCGACGGGCGGCAACUGCGCCGGUGUGUCGGCCUACAACUCCGCGACGGCGUACACAGGCGGACAGACGUGCACCUACAACGGCCACCUCUGGACGGCCAAGUGGUGGACACAGGGCGAGACGCCCAGCGCCUCGUCUGACGUCUGGACCGACAGCGGCGCGUGCUAGAUGGGUAACACACCCUAGCUUGACUAGGCUUAAUACAUGAAUGUCGAAGUAAACAGGGCUUUCGACUGGGUCAUCUCAAAGGGACUAUGGUCGUACUACACUCCUUUUUCACUACUUACUUGUCGGGCUUUCGGCGACGAAAAUCACCGCUCUUUCAGCUGUAGAGAAAAUUGUACUUGUAUCUCGAUGCAAGAGGAUAUUUAUACCUGGAAUGAAUUUUGAAGCUGCGCCUCUAC